AUGCUAGGAAGGGAUAUCGAGAGUGAUUGGAUUGGUAAUUAUUGGGGAAGAGAUCAUUCUUUGGCAUUAAAUACGUUUUCAAAAAUGUCUAUUGAAAAAGAAGGUGUUUUAGAUCAAAAGGAUUUUUUUGUGCCGUAUGAUGGCCUUGUAGAAGAGUUACCAGAACAUAGUAUAGAGAUACCUGAAAUUAUGGGGCAAGAUUUGUUGAAUGAUCGAUUAAAUAGUGUUGAAGAUGUCCAAUCGUCAUAUUAUGGCAGGUUGAUGCCGGGAUUGAACAUAGAUUUAUCAAUGCCAACGUUUCCGGUUUCUAAUGAGUUACCUGUGCGAUUAUCAUCGCCUAUCCAAAUGAAUUUGUCAACGUCAAUGCCAAACCCAACCAUCGAACAGCUUCAUUCGAAAACAAAGAGUUAUGUUUCACAAAAUCCGGUAAACAUGGUAGGUUCUCUGUCUGGAUCGCCGCCAACUGAUUGUCAUUCUCCUGGAGGAAAUUCGAAUACGUGUGGAACACUUAAGACAAGAGCAUUGUCGUUAAGUCCGGUUUCAUCGGAUACCGCAGCAAAGAAAAAGUCACCGUCAAGAUCAGGAAGUUCUAGCUCUGGUAUCAAGCGUCCUUUGAAUUCUUUUAUGCUUUAUCGGAGAGAUAAGCAAAGUAGUAUUCCCACGAAUAAUCAUCAAUCCAUAUCUAGGAUUAUUGGUGAAAUGUGGAAACGAGAAACGAUUGAGGAGAAAGAAAGGUAUGCAGAAAUGGCGCAAAGAGAACGAGAAAGACAUGCAAAAGAGUAUCCUGACUAUAAAUUCUUACCAAGGAAGAAAAAGGAUAGGAGUACAAGCGGAAAAUCACCGCGUAGACGAAAAACAUUUGACCCGAGUCUUGAACAGGAUGAAUCAAAAAUUUUGCGAAUGAUGUUGAAUCAAAUUUCGCAUAAAAAGUCUCAAUCCGACGCAGAAAAAUUUAAAUUAGAUCAAUAUUCAUGGUUAUUAAGUGAAGAAGGUUUACCACAUUCAAAUCAGCCAUCGGAGAUAUCGUUUAUACCAGGUAUCUAUACCGCCCCCAAUUCCGUGCCUUUACCUAUUUUUCCUGUCAAGAAUAAAGUCGAAAAAGUCGAUACACAUAAUUCAUUAGAUGGUUAUCUUCAUACAUUUGAUAAUCUUAGUGAUUAUGAAUUUCGUUCACUUAUAAAUAAUCAUAGUACUCCUUCAGUUAACGAUUCUAGACUAGGAACAUCUUUUAACAAAAGUUGUACUGAUUCUCCUCAAAGUAUUAGUAUUUAUGACGAUAUAAAAAAUCUAGAUAUUUUUUCGGAAAAAAAAGAAACUCCUAAUGUUUCUUUGGUUCCUACUUUUGAUUCAACUAUAUUUCAAGAUGACUCUGCAUACGGAUAUGAUAAUUUUACCGGUAUAUGGGAUGAUCCUGUAGAUCUUUCCUCUUUUUCUUCUCUUCCUCUUGAUAAUCAUAGAGUUUUAGGUUGCCUGUCUUUUGAACCCCUUCAUUCCGGUCUAGUUGGUCCUUUAAACACUUCUAACCUGGAUGAUAAGGGCAGGUCUUAUUAA